AAGAAAUCCCAACCCUCUUUGAUUGCAUAACCAGAACCCAAGGAACCCAAGGAACCCAGGCUAUCGACAUUAUCCUUCCUUCCUUCUCCUAAAAGGAGCCAGCCCGCCCAAAGUCACCCAGUCUCACACACUCAGUGACACAUUCAGCAAUACCCUUACCACCACCGCCGAUAAGAUCCUAUCCACACCUUUCCAAUGGUGGAUACCGAGCUGUCAAUUGCUGUCCUGCCUCCGCAGGAUCCAAGGCUUCAAUUGCUCUCCCCAAACCAAGGUCGUCUCCAGGGACAGAUACAAGACGACCCUUCGCUGUACCAGAAUCAGGACUACCACCGUCAGGACCAAGAGCAACGGCAGCAGCUCGAGGACAUCACACGGCAAUUCCUCAUGCAAGAUAUGGCCGCUGAUCCAACGGGCGUCGUCCAGGGGUCGCAAGCACUGCAUCACCACCACCACCACGGCGUCUCGUCCCUUUCAGGCGAGGCCGAAGAGGAGCUCAACAUUUACGAUUACAUUCAUGCAAAGCAGGAGGACGAAGAAGACGUCGAAGACCACGGUCACACCCUUGAUCAUGAUUCUAGCCCGCUAUCGAGCACACAUGUAGCCAAAGAUAACGUCUCCUCCCCUGCGACCGAUCCCUACGAGACCUUGUCCAACGUCCCCUCACCGGCCCAUUCUGCCUACUCUCCGUCCCCGCCAUCGUUCUCAGCCAUGUCUCCCUCGUCCCCACCUGCGUCCGCAUUCCCAUCCAGCGUUGACCAGCACGACAGUGCAGCAGCGGACGCUCUUGUCGGCAAGGACUGUCAGGCACAGGACUCAAUCCACAUCAAGCAAGAGGUCCUGGACAACCCAUCGCUCCUUCACCACUCCAGCUAUAUGGACACCUCCAUGGAGCUCUACACAGCCGGCGAUCCAUCUCCCCCUCAGGACCUGUUUCGUAUGCUAAUGGAGGAAUUACAGACCCAGGCUGCUAUUCAGCGCGAAAAGUUCUUUACGGCGACAACAGGGUCUGGCACAGGAAUGGACUCUGUCGAGUUUCUCUUCAAUGGCCCCCAGACCCAGGCACAGGCGGCGACGCAGGCAAAAGCAGUACCGCAUUUCAUGACGGAGAGUGCCACCAACCUCGGCAUGUUGUCCACCGGCUCAAAUGCGUGUCUCGAUCUGGAAACAGAACAGCAGGGACCGAGCGAUCUUGGUCCAACUUCGAUGCCCACGCCAAUGCAUCUUGACGAUCUUGCAGCCUCGGCACCGGGUUUGGAAACUACGUCAACGUCAACGUCGGCAGCGACAGCUCUGCAGGAUGUUACGAUGGAAACAGCGGAGCCUGAGGGUGAACUCCCCACUUCGCCAACAUACUCACCUUCUACUUCGGGCUCUGUUACACCGGAAUUGACGUCACCUCUCUUGCAUCCCACGACUGCAACCUCUUCAGCGGGAUGUUCGCCGGUCUCGCCAGUCUCGCCGUUGUUGCCCAAGGCAGCGACUGGACGCGUGGAUUUAGCAAGGACGGCAAAGCAACACUCAGAAUAUGAUGGCAAUAACACUGUUGCGACUCAUCAUCGGCCUAAAAGUAUUUCUUCGAUGAAGGAGCUAAGUAUUCAACCCGCUAUUGUACGCCAUAACAGGAGGAGGAGCGCAGCAGACGCCCUCAAGGAUGAACCGCCUAGCCCCAGCACCAUCACUAUCCUGCCGGCACCCACCAAAAAGAGAAAGCUUAGUCACAAUGUCGACAAUCGGGGGUCCAGCACAUCGCCAAGGCUUAGUGCUUUACCCUCGCCACCGUCCUCGGUCAGGACCACGCCACCAUUGCAACCCACAGCCGUGGACGUGUCCUCCAUUGUCGAGAAGUUGAACCUGCCCCCAGCACGGUUGGAUCAGAACGCGACUGCUCACGAUAGCCAACCUGUCACACCGACAUCACCCUCACCACAGGAGAAUGCCGCAAAGGGUGAUGGUCCAGAAGCAACGUCGCCCGAUGCUACCAUGGAUACACCAGCAGGAGAUUCAUUUAAAGCCCCUACCGAGUCGUCGGCGUCCGACUCAACAGCAGGCAAGAAAGCACGGUCGUCGAAUGCGAACAAUAAACGGCCCUGGACUGCCGAGGAGGAAAAGCUGUUGUUGAAGCUCGUGGACGAGUUGAUGCCGAUCAAGGAUAUUGCAGAGACAUUGAAUCGAUCUGUGCACUCUGUCCGGUCUCGACGACAGGUGUUGACGGACCCAGGGUUUGUCAAGGGCAAUGGACAUGCGCAACCUCGUCGAUCCAAACCGGACCCGUCAUCCAAGUUACCGACGUACUCGCAGAUGGCGUUCCUGUCGCUGGCACGGUUACCGGAGCUGCAGGGGACAUUGAACGAUGUUGCCAGCAUGGUGGAGAAGCUGUUCAGCAGGCAUCUGAACCGCAUCCCCCGAACAGGACAUAAGAACCUGCAGAUCUGGAGAGCGCAGAUCUCGGAUGCGUUGGCGCACGAGAAGGGACAUCCACGGCCGAGGUUCGAGAGCUUUGGGGUCAAGCGAGGAAGACAAUGGGUGUAUCGACUGACGAGCUUUGGUAAAGGCGUGAUGGAGGCCAUGGGUGGUGUGGACCAGAUAUGUGAGGAGCUGUUGAAGAAUAACGAGAUGGCUGGAUCGAGCUAUGGUCCCGACGGCGAGAGCAUAGGAAUGGGUGGUGCGGGUGCAGGUUUGGGCCAGGGCAAUGGGUACGGAUACAGCUAUUGUCCGGAGACGGGUCAUCUCAAGUCCGAAGCGGGUUCUUCGACAGGAUCGGGAUCGUCCAAUGGCUCGAGAUCGGACCGCAAAUCAUCGAUAUCGUCAGAGGAUUCGAAUGCGGACAAUGUAGCGGCGUCGAAUGCGAUUGCGAACGCGAUGGCGGCCAUGGCAGCGGGACUUGCGGCGAUGACGGCUGCGGAGGAUGAGAAGUCGGCAGCAGCAGCAGCAGCAGCAUCGAGCGCUGGUCAUGGCGUGAACAAGUUUAAGCCAGCCGAUGGUUUGGCCGGUGAUGGUCAGGUGAAGGAGAAGGCGGGCAGGAACAAGAAUGGAUCUGGCCCGAAAGCGACGUUGACGGUCUCUGGUGCUCGUCCCGGACGGAAACCGAAAGCUUAGAAGAAAAGAAAAAAAAGGACAGUUGUCCCUCCCUUCCCCCCUCCUCCUGUAGAUUCUGAAUUUUGGCUGACAGACAUCCUUUGUUGUCGGUCUUGUACAUAAAAAAAAUAAGACAGCGAACACUCUUUUUCGUUCGUCCGUCUGUAUUCGGAAGCAUUUCAGAGGUCUACAUGUACCAUGUGGCGGAUAGUAU